AUGGCAUUCAAAGUAACUCAUUGCCUUUGCCGCUCUCGUAGCCGCUUGCAACGCUGGUUUGAUCAUCCAUACCAUGUUGGUGCUCCAGUCGCUUUGGCCAAGACCGUUAUCCAAGAGGAAUACCACCCCAAUCCCCAAUACUCUUAUGGUUACGACGUACAAGACGGUUUGACUGGAGACAGCAAAAGCCAAUUUGAAACCCGUAAAGGAGACGUGGUCAAAGGCAGAUACUCCCUCGUAGAUACCGAUGGUCACCAACGUAUCGUCGAAUACACCGCCGAUCCCAUUCACGGUUUCAACGCUAUUGUACAAAGAGUGCCACUCGGUGUCAAAACUGUAACCAAAUUAGCUGCUCCAAUCGCUUAUAUAGCGCCUAUAUAG